AUGGCCUUUCACGUAGCUUGUCCAAUUACAUGCCGGAAAAUCUGCUUCUGCUUGUUGGGGUUUCCUCGGAAUCUUCACGGCAAUGGAGUCAAGGAUGUGUUUCUCAACGAGAUCCAUUCUCUCGGAGACGUCUUGCGAGACCCUUGGAAUGCUGGGGUUUCGACGGAAGGUACCGUUCAGAUCCAUGUGCCUAAGCUCGCUGUAUUCGAUACUGGUCCUCGCAUUGCGGCUAGAGAUGUUGUUGCUGCUGGGAAUGAUUCGGCGAUUGAGGCUGCUCCAUCACCGAUUGUGACACAAGCCAAACGCACUGUGGUGCUUAAGAGGGUAGUUGAGGAUCGUGCUGCGAUUUCUGGUUCCGGCGACUUACCGGUUUCUGCAAAAGAGCUAAAUGGAGAAGAUCAUCAAGAGAGUGCAAGCAUUACGUGUCACAUAUGCUAUUCGGUUGAAGUUGGGAGGAGUGAGAGAGCGGCAAAGAUGCUUUCUUGCAGUUGUUGUAGCAAGAAGUAUCAUAGAAACUGCUUGAAGCCUUGGGCUCAACAUAGAGAUUUAUUUAAUUGGAGCUCUUGGGCGUGCCCCUCUUGCCGGAGCUGUGAGGCCUGUGGAACGUUAGGGGAUCCAAAGAAGUUGAUGUUCUGCAAAAGAUGUGAUGAUGCAUAUCAUUGUGAUUGCCAACAACCUCGGCACAAGAGUGUAAGUUCCGGACCCUAUUUGUGUCCUAAACACACCAAAUGUUACAGCUGUGGGUCUAAAGUCCCUGGGAAUGGCCAGAGCUUACGUUGGUUUCUGGGGCAUACUUGUUGUGAUGCUUGUGGAAGGUUGUUUGUUAAAGGGAACUAUUGUCCUGUAUGUUUGAAGGUUUACAGGGACUCGGAAUCAACACCAAUGGUGUGUUGUGACUUUUGCCAGCGCUGGGUUCAUUGCAUGUGCGACGGAAUAAGUGAUGAGAAAUAUAUGCAGUUUCAAGUGGAUGGGAAUCUUCAAUACAAAUGUUCUACUUGUCGUGGAGAAUGCUACCAGGUCAAGGAUCUUGAGGACGCUGUACAGGAAAUUUGGAAGCGAAAAGAUAUGGAGGAUAAAGAGCUGAUUGCUAGCCUAAAAUCCAGUGCACGAGUUUUUGGGAAAACUGGCGGUGCCCCUGUUAUCAGUCCUCCUGGUUCUGUAGAAAGAAAAGUUGCUGAAAAAGUUAUUGCAAGUGGUGAAGAAGAGAAGCCACUGAGAGUUCUCAGGAUAAAAAGCAGCAGGCCUCAUGAUUCGGAGAGUGAGAAAUUUGGAAAACACACUACAGAGCUGAACACUGUGAAGACGAAAAAGUUGGUGAUAAGUAUAGGUCCUCGAAAGACUGAUACGAGCGGCGAUACAUCAAAGCUAGCCUCCAAAUCCAAUGGAAAGCAUGGGAAAGAAACGGCUUCCGGAGAAGAGCACCAGAUAUUGUUGGGAAAGAGUAGUAAGGAAGAAAAGGGAGGGUCUCACAAUGAAGGUGAGGGUGGAGUUAUUGGGAGACACUCAGAUGGCAAAGGAGAUUCAUUGCAGAAAGAUUCAAGACGGUUGCUGAAAGUGAAAAUAAAAAAGCAUAAGCCUGAGAGCCAAGAGGUUGAAGCUCCCGCUAGCGUUGCUGUCGAAGAAAGAAGUAGGUCGGGUAAAGGACAUAGGUCUAAGAGAAAGAGAGCAUCACCUCCAGCUGAAAAAUCAGCGUUCAAUGAAGAUGAAGACGCGUCACUGUCACGUGACGACGGUUUGUUAGACGAAAUGCUUGAUGCUAGUUGGAUUCUGAAGAAGUUGGGGAAGGAUGCAAAAGGGAAAAAGGUUCAAAUACACGACGCCUCUGAUAAUUCAUGGGAGAAAGGAGUGGUGAGUGAAGUAGGAGGAGGAGGCACGUCGAAGUUGAUGGUAACGCUUGAGAACGGAAAAGUGAAGACAGUGGAGCUCGGGAAGCAAGGGGUUCGGUUUGUUCCUCAGAAGCAAAAGAGGACGAGGACGUGA